GCCGGCGGGCGGCGGCGCGGAGGCCGGACCGGGCGGCGGCCCAGGCGGCGCGGGGGGCGCGGCGGCCAAGGCGGGCGGCGCGGGCGACAUGACGGACAACAUCCCGCUGCAGCCGGUGCGCCAGAAGAAGCGGAUGGACAGCAGGCCCCGCGCCGGGUGCUGUGAGUGGCUGAGAUGCUGCGGCGGAGGGGAGCCCAGGCCCCGCACUGUGUGGUUGGGGCACCCCGAGAAGAGGGACCAGAGGUACCCUCGGAAUGUCAUCAACAAUCAGAAGUACAACGUCUUCACCUUUCUUCCUGGGGUGUUGUUCAACCAGUUCAAGUAUUUUUUCAACCUCUAUUUCUUGCUUCUUGCCUGCUCUCAGUUUGUUCCUGAAAUGAGACUUGGUGCACUCUACACCUACUGGGUCCCACUGGGCUUCGUGCUGGCCGUCACUGUCAUCCGAGAGGCGGUGGAGGAGAUCCGAUGUUAUGUACGCGACAGAGAAGUCAACUGCCAGAUCUUCAGCCGGCUCACAGCCAGAGGGACGGUGAAAGUGAAGAGCUCCAAUAUCCAGGUUGGAGACCUUAUCAUCGUUGAAAAGAACCAGCGGGUCCCUGCUGACAUGAUCUUCCUGAGGACAUCGGAAAAAAACGGGUCGUGCUUCCUGCGGACGGACCAGCUGGACGGCGAGACUGACUGGAAACUGCGGCUCCCCGUGGCCUGCGCGCAGAGGCUCCCCACCGCGGCCGACCUUCUUCAGAUCCGAUCCUAUGUUUACGCAGAAGAACCCAAUAUCGACAUUCACAACUUUGUGGGAACUUUUACCAGAGAGGACAGCGACCCUCCGAUCAGCGAGAGCUUGAGCAUAGAGAACACUCUCUGGGCCGGCACCGUCAUCGCGUCGGGUACCGUUGUGGGUGUUGUUCUGUACACGGGCAGAGAACUCCGGAGUGUCAUGAAUACCUCAAAUCCUCGAAGUAAGAUUGGCCUGUUUGACCUGGAAGUGAAUUGCCUCACCAAGAUCCUCUUUGGUGCUUUGGUGGUGGUGUCGCUCGUCAUGGUUGCCCUUCAGCACUUUGCCGGUCGUUGGUACCUACAGAUCAUCCGCUUCCUCCUCUUGUUCUCCAACAUCAUUCCCAUCAGUCUGCGUGUCAACCUGGACAUGGGCAAGAUCGUGUACAGCUGGGUGAUUCGGAGGGACUCGAAAAUCCCCGGGACCGUGGUUCGUUCCAGCACGAUCCCCGAGCAGCUGGGGAGGAUUUCCUACUUGCUCACAGACAAGACAGGAACCCUUACCCAGAAUGAGAUGGUUUUCAAACGGCUCCAUCUGGGCACCGUGGCCUAUGGACUCGACUCCAUGGACGAAGUACAGAGCCACAUUUUUAGCAUUUAUACCCAGCAAUCCCAGGACCCGCCUGCUCAGAAGGGCCCCACGCUCACCACCAAGGUGCGGCGGACCAUGAGUAGCCGUGUGCACGAGGCCGUGAAGGCCAUCGCCCUCUGCCACAACGUGACUCCCGUGUACGAGUCCAACGGCGCGACCGACCAGGCCGAGGCUGAGAAGCGCUAUGAAGACUCCUGCCGCGUGUACCAGGCCUCCAGCCCGGACGAGGUGGCCCUCGUACAGUGGACCGAAAGUGUGGGGCUGACCCUGGUGGGCCGGGACCAGUCUUCCAUGCAGCUGAGGACCCCUGGCGACCAGAUCCUGAACUUCACCAUCUUACAGAUCUUCCCUUUCACCUACGAAAGCAAGCGCAUGGGCAUCAUCGUGCGGGACGAGUCAACGGGAGAGAUCACGUUUUACAUGAAGGGAGCGGAUGUUGUCAUGGCUGGGAUCGUGCAGUACAAUGACUGGCUGGAGGAAGAGUGUGGAAACAUGGCCCGAGAAGGACUGCGGGUUCUCGUGGUGGCGAAGAAGUCUCUAGCAGAGGAGCAAUAUCAAGACUUUGAGGCCCGCUACGUCCAGGCCAAGCUGAGCGUGCACGACCGCUCCCUCAAAGUGGCCACGGUGAUCGAGAGCCUGGAGAUGGAAAUGGGGUUGCUCUGUCUCACGGGGGUGGAGGACCAGCUGCAGGCGGACGUGAGGCCCACCCUGGAGACCCUGAGGAACGCGGGCAUCAAGGUUUGGAUGCUGACGGGGGACAAGCUGGAGACGGCCACAUGCACAGCCAAGAAUGCACAUCUGGUGACCAGAAACCAAGACAUCCACGUUUUCCGGCUGGUGACCAACCGGAGUGAGGCCCACCUCGAGCUGAACGCUUUCCGCAGGAAGCAUGACUGCGCCCUGGUCAUCUCGGGGGACUCCCUGGAGAUUUGCCUCAAGUACUACGAGUACGAGUUCAUGGAGCUGGCCUGCCAGUGCCCGGCUGUCGUCUGCUGCCGCUGCACCCCCACCCAGAAGGCCCAGAUCGUGCGCCUGCUCCAGGAACGCACGGGGAAGCUCACCUGUGCGGUAGGUGACGGAGGCAAUGACGUCAGUAUGAUUCAGGAAUCCGACUGCGGUGUGGGGGUUGAGGGGAAGGAAGGAAAACAGGCUUCCCUGGCUGCAGACUUCUCCAUCACCCAGUUCAAGCACCUUGGCCGGUUGCUCAUGGUGCACGGCCGGAACAGCUACAAGCGGUCAGCUGCCCUCAGCCAGUUCGUGAUUCACAGAAGCCUCUGCAUCAGCACCAUGCAGGCUGUCUUUUCCUCUGUGUUUUACUUUGCAUCGGUUCCUCUCUACCAAGGAUUCCUCAUCAUUGGGUACUCCACCAUUUACACCAUGUUUCCCGUAUUUUCUCUGGUCCUGGACAAAGACGUCAAGUCAGAAGUUGCCAUGCUGUAUCCUGAGCUCUACAAGGAUCUUCUCAAGGGAAGACCGUUGUCCUACAAGACCUUCUUAAUAUGGGUUUUGAUUAGCAUCUAUCAAGGGAGCACCAUCAUGUACGGGGCCCUGCUGCUGUUCGAGUCCGAGUUCGUGCACAUCGUGGCCAUUUCCUUCACGUCGCUGAUCCUCACGGAGCUGCUCAUGGUGGCCCUGACCAUCCAGACGUGGCACUGGCUCAUGACCGUGGCCGAGCUGCUCAGUCUGGCCUGCUACAUCGCCUCCCUGGUGUUCCUCCACGAGUUCAUCGAUGUGUACUUCAUCGCCACCUUGUCAUUCUUGUGGAAGGUGUCCGCUAUCACUCUGGUCAGCUGUCUCCCCCUGUACGUUCUCAAGUAUCUGCGCAGACGGUUCUCCCCGCCCAGCUACUCGAAGCUCACCUCGUAGGCGCGCGCGGGCCGAGGGCCCCGCGGCCUGUGCGCCCUCCCGGUGGACAGAGGUCAAGGUGCGUCUUUUUUGAACGCCACCUGUGGAUCUCGCGGCAAUGGCUACCACGUGCCGUUUGGACGCGACGCGGCUGAAUGUGCAGAGUCCCGAGGCGGGUUCAACGGGGCAGGCUCCUGGGACGUGCCCGUGGGGCCUGCUCGAGCCCCGGAUGACUCGGCCUCAAGUGAACGUAUAUACGUGAAAGCUGGUGGCUCGGCUAACACAUUUACACGUGGGUCACCGUGCGAGCUUCCGAGGACUGGGAUUCUGGUGUCGUGCGAUAGAAGUUUCUGUCCAGCUGCGGAUCGUAGAAGGGUCGGUUUGUUUGUGUUUUUGUUUUAAACAGUCCUAAUGUGUGUGUGCUCCCCGCGUCUUUCUUGCUCUGAAAAAACUGGCUGCAGAGAAGCGUCAAGCUCGCGGUCUACAGGUUUGCAGGAAAAGGCCAUGACUCUGGUCAGAAGUGACCCAGACGGUAAUCGCACGGCCGAAGUGCUACCCACCCCGCCCGAGGCCGCUCUGCUUGCCGAAGCCACGCUGCCUUCCCGGAGCGACACAGAGCGGACCAGGGCAGAGCGAGCGAGCCGUAAAUCCCCUCUGUUCUCCUGCGUCAGAUUCAGCUUCGACAGCGCCCGAGUUAGCGCCACCUGCCUCCUCGUAAAAGAAUUUCAAAGGUGUUGCCCUGCUGUGUUCGGACCUGGUAACAAUUACAAAGCCUGUGGCCAUCUGAGGACACCCCUCAGACAUUUUCAGCAGUUGUUUUAGCAGGAAAGGUGCCACCGAACGGCUCCUAAAUGUGUCGACAGGGUGAUAAGAGACUCGGCUAAUUCUUUAGACAAUGUAGCGUAUGCGGCUCAGGCCUCCUGAGUCCAGAGUGCAAGGUCAGGGCUGGGGGCUCUUGGCUUCCACAGAAAUCUGUUUCCCAUUAGGAGGAUGAAACGGCCAAGGCAGAGGCAUCAUAACCAUGCCCUUCGUCGGCAGCAGCUUCGAGCAGAGAGUCCCUGGGAGGAGGAGGCCCAGGCUGCCGGCUCUGGGGUCGGGGCUCCAUUCCGCUGCCUCUCGAGAUCUCCAGGGGGAGCUUGCUGGAAGGCCGCCAGCGGUAGAGACCCCUCCCCCACCGGGAUGGCGUACCCGCACGUGUGUUUCUUAUAAAGCUGUGGCUUCUCUUUUCCGAGGAGGGAAGGGAGUUUUCAAGCGCUGGGCGUGGCGGGGCAAGGCAUUCUUGGGUUUUCGAGUCACUCGGUGCCACAUAUGCGUGCCAUCAGGGUUAAGUCGGCGGAUCUUCAGUGACUGUUUGCGAUCUCGGAUCCGUGGUUAAUUCCUUCAGCCCUUCAGCAUGACGCUUCUUGUGCGUGCUUCAGAGACGUGAGCUCCAGCCUGGCUGCCGCGUCCAUGGCCCUACGCUCAGCCUGCGGCUGGGGGGUUGGGGGCGGGAGGAGCGGGCACGUGGGUUCCUGGCCUUGGGAGCACUCUCCAUAUGCUCAUGUACUUAUGUUGCCCUUUUAAACCCUUAUAAAAUGAUACUAAGUUUCAGGCA